AUGGCAGAAGUAUCCAAACCAGUCUACACAACAUCCUACAAGCCCCAUCCCAGCGAGAGGAUGAAGGCAGCCACUUGGACAGGCACCAAGUCCAUUGAACUGACCAGUGUGCCCAAGCCCACCAUCACCGCGCCCGCAGAUGCCAUCGUGCACGUCACCCACUGCACCAUUUGCGGCUCGGAUCUGCACAUGUACAACGGCGAUAUGAACAAGGUUAUGGAGAAGGGGCUCAUCAUGGGCCACGAGGCUAUCGGCAUCGUCGAAGAUGUCGGUCCUCAGGUUAAGACCCUAAGCGCAGGAGACCGAGUUAUCAUCCUGCCCGUCAUUGCCUGCGGAGACUGCUUCUACUGCAAGCGCAAGGAGUACUCCCUGUGUGACCGCACCAACCCCUCCAAGGAGUUGGAGCAGAUGUACGGCCAUCGCCUGUCGGGCAUCUUUGGUUACUCUCUGAUCACAGGAGGAUAUCCUGGAGAUCAGGCAGAGUAUUGCCGCGUGCCCAACGCUGACCUCACUUGCAUCAAAGCCCCCAAGGACAUAGAGGCUAGUAAGCUCGUUGGCCUCGCCGACGUGACUCCUACCGCCUGGCACGGCAACGAGCUGGCCGAGGUCGGCGAGGGAGAUGUCGUCGGCGUCUGGGGCUGCGGUGCCGUUGGUCUGUCGAUCCAGCGUCUUGCGAAGCUGCGUGGAGCCAGCAAGGUCUAUGCCAUUGACAAAGACGAGCAGCGCCUGAAUAAUGCCAAGUCGAUGGGCAUGAUCCCCAUCAAUGUCAAGGAGCACUCUGAUCCUGCCGACUACAUCUUGUCCAUUGAACCCCAAGGGCUGGACCGUGGGAUUGAGGCGAGCGGCUUUAGGAGCACCAACUCAACUGCCCAUGCUACUAUGAGAGCGUUGGGAGUCGAAGGGGAUAGCUCUGAUACGGUCAGCGCAGCUAUCAAGGCAACCCGUAAGGGAGGUAAUGUUGCGUUGAUUGGAGACUUUUUCUACAACACUAACAACUUCCCCAUCGGAAUGUUGAUGGAAAAGGGUAUCACCCUGCGCGGAGGACAGCUCUACGCCCAGAAGUACUUCCCGCUUCUUCUAGACCUUGUCGUCGAAGGGAAAUACGAUCCCUCUUUCAUGUUCACUCAUCACGAUAAGUUCGAGAAUAUCUCCAAGAACUAUGAUGCCUUCUUUAGUCACAAGACGCCUGGGGGAUUGAAGAUUUGCCUCUCAACUGCGUUUGGACGGGCACAGACUGGGGGUUCCGUUUGA